AUGGCCAAGACUGAUAAGAAAGAGGCUAAGGAGGCCAAGCCAAAGAAGGUGGUGGAGAAAAAGGCUGCCAAGCCCAAGGCGGAGAAGAAGGAGAAGCCUGCCAAGAAAGGCAAGGACCCCAACGCCCCAAAGCGGCCAACCGGCUCCUACAUGUACUUCUCUGCAGACAAGCGCGGGGAGGUCAAGGAGAAGAACCCCUCUUAUGCCAUGGGCGACAUUGCCAAGGAGCUGGGCGCCAUGUGGAAGGCCCUGAGCGACGAGGAGAAGGCCAAGUACGAGGAGAUGGCAAAGAAAGACAAGGAGCGGCCGAGCAAAAUCAUGAACGUUCGGCUGACGGCUAACCCUGCCUCAUGUUUUCCUGUUUGCCCUUUCGUGCGUGCCUACAUGCAUGCUUGCUAG